AUGGCGGCCCCGACGUUUACUGCUAAUUUGUACUCCCUGCUGUUCCGCAGGACCUCCACGUUCGCCCUCACCAUCGCCGUGGGCGCCUUAUUCUUCGAGCGCGCCUUCGACCAAGGCGCGGACGCAAUCUACGAGCACAUCAACGAGGGGAAGCUGUGGAAACACAUCAAACACAAGUACCAGAACCAAGAGUAG